GCACUGUUCUUUUUCCACAUUAACCACUGCACAAAACUAUCAGCAAUAUUAGCAUCAAUGGGGAUAAAUCAAGUUUUAGUUGCCCUCUUCUUCUUCACUUUGGCUCUUGCAAAUGCUGAGUCCUACACAAGCCACGUCCUCAAGGGAUCUGUCGCUUGCCUCGACUGCCCUCGCCGUUCUGAUCUCUCAGGAAUUCAAGUCCUAGUAAAAUGCAACAAAGUGAAAAAGCUUGCCAUGGCAUACACAGAAGAAGAUGGCACUUUUGAGACGAAUCUCCCAUCCGACAGCCCAAAAACAAGUGAUCCCUCGAACUGCAUGGCCAAGCUCAUGGGAGGGCCUCACCAGCUCUAUGUUGCAAUGAAGAACUCCAUCGUCCCAGUUGCUAAAACCGAGGAAUCAGGGCAUUUUACAACCUCAAAACCUCUUAACUUCUACAGGUCUUGCCCUGUGGAAGGCAAGUGUGGAGGGAAAGACACGGGAUUUGAUUCAGGCAAGACUGUGGAUCUGCCUUUGCCUGGAGAGUGGGGGUUUCCUCCUACUAGCUAUUAUGCCCCAUACCUUCCAAUUAUUGGGAUACCCUAAAGAAUUAUGGUUUAGUUAGUUAUAAAACAAAAAUAAAAUAUUGUGUGUGAUUUAUGUUUAAUUUGUUGUGUAUUACUAAGUGAAAAAUAAGAAAAAAGGAUGGAGGGUUCUUUUUUUCUUUUUUUUUUUGGUACUUUAUGUGUGUUACUCUGUAUUUGUAGAGUGUGUGAAGUUAGUAUGGAGUGUUUUGUUCAAAUCAAGCAUUUGUGUAA